AUGAAGCCUCAGUUCUUUGCUAUGGCCGUCGCCUCGCUUGGCGUGAUGGCAGUUCCUGACACGGAUGUUCCGGAAUGCCAAGAAGAACACAUGAAGCCGUGGAAAGGCGACAUAUUCACGUACGAAAGCCCCACCUCCAACCAAACGUGCGACAGCGUCACCAUCACCUUUCCCGACGGUGAUCCGAGUAAACUGGUGCACACCAACAUCUCAGGCAAUACCGGUCGUUGUGCGAAGCCAGAGCAGACUAUAACUCUUCCCGGUGACAUCUCUGGGCUGAUGCGGCUAGAUUGGCAAUGCGCUGGCAGACUGCCGUCACCAUGCCGCAUCAUCACUGUCAAAGACGAGUCGCGCCCGGGCCUGAGCAGCAAUGCGACGGCAUCAUUUUCUAUACAGCAGAGUUGUCCUAGCGCGACCACAGCGGCUAGUUCGAUGUCUACGGUUGGAGGAGCCAGUACUUUCCGUACUACAACGGCCCUGGUUGUGCCAUCGAGCAAUGAGCCGUCGUUCGCCGCAUCGCCUGCAACAUCGCCUGCAGCAUCGUCCGCAUCGUCCGCAUCGUCCGCAUCGUCCGCAUCGUCCGCAUCGUCCGCAUCGUCCGCAUCGUCCGCAUCGUCCGCAUCGCGUCCGCUCGUCCGCAUCGUCCGCAUCGUCCGCAUCGUCCGCAUCGUCCGCAUUGUCCGCAUUGUCCACAUCGCCUACCGCAUCGUCCGCAUCGCCUGCCGCAUUGUCCGCCGCAUCAGCGUCCCCGACGACGGCAGCCCUGCCAAACACGACAUCGAACAUGUCUGUUCAGCCCAAGAGCGCAUCUCCCUCAGGAUGUACCUGUAUUCAUAG